AGUGCAGUUAAAAAAUGUAGAGUGCGGGUGUGAACUGUUGUUUUUAUUUUAUUUAGGAAAUAAUGGUGUGUAUAGUCUUGCCAUUAAUAAUUAACAGUAUGUGUCACUAUAUCCAGCACUUGAAAACCUAGAAUUAUUGGGAGGGAGGAAUUGGAACAAGGAAAGAGUAUUCUUGGACAACUGCCUGCUUUAAAUGAACAACCAACUCCUCAUUAUGACGUGAUUAUUGCACAGUUCAAAAUCCCAAGCUAGUUCAUCUUCAGAGGCAUCUAUUUUACAUAUCAUACAUGUGGUUGUGAACUGUAGCUCAUGUUGAAAGAGAUCUCAAUGACUAUAUUACAAGGGAAAAUGUUUACAUAGUACACAACAGUAUAUGUUUUGGACCAAAGUGCAAAACAGACCGGUUAGGGGUGCACCAUGUUCCGGACUAAAGUACGUAUCCACACCUGCAAGGUGAUUCUUCUCACAUCGCUGGUGUGGUUCCUAGUGGAUGUAGUUGUAUUGACAUUCUAUUCAGAUUGUGUGGGGGGAUCAGGCUGGGGUUGCAGUGGUAACAGUGUGGGAGCUCGUGUGGAACAUAUUGGCAGUUCUCAGGAAUUGCAUGGUACAGACCAUGGUGGCAGAGGAAGCAGUAAGGGGCGGGGAAUUCUGUAUGAGCAGCUGCAUGAUAGAGGAAAAGUAGAUAUAACAGAAAAGGGUAAGUAUCCACCCAAGGUUCUGCGACGAUGGAAACCAGCCCCAACAGUGCUGCCACAACAUGGACAGCCUGGUGAAUUGGGCAAGGCUGUUCGCAUACCACCAGAUCAAGAAGGACUGAUGAAAGAGAAAUUUAAAUUGAAUCAAUUCAAUCUUCUAGCAAGUGACAUGAUCUCCUUCAACCGGUCGCUCACAGAUGUCAGAUUGAGCGGGUGUAAGUCAAAGCAAUAUCCAGCACUGUUGCCCACUACAUCUAUUGUCAUUGUAUUUCACAAUGAAGCUUGGUCCACGCUAAUGAGGACAAUAUGGAGCGCAAUCAACAGGUCUCCACGACCUCUCUUGAAGGAAAUAAUUCUUGUGGAUGAUGCUAGUGAGAGAGAACACCUAGGAAAACAGCUUGAAGAUUAUGUGUCUACUCUACCAGUCCCAGUUUAUGUGCUAAGAACAGAGAAACGAUCCGGCUUAAUCCGGGCGAGACUUCUCGGAGCAAAGCAUGUAAAGGGGCAGGUUAUCACCUUUCUGGAUGCUCAUUGUGAAUGUACAGAGGGCUGGCUGGAACCUUUGCUUGCCAGGAUAGUGGAAGAUAGAAAGACUGUGGUGUGCCCUAUUAUUGAUGUAAUAUCAGAUGAAACGUUUGAAUACAUCACUGCCUCAGAUAUGACAUGGGGUGGUUUCAACUGGAAAUUAAAUUUCAGAUGGUAUCGGGUGCCUCAGAGAGAGAUGGACAGAAGAGGCGGUGACCGAACUGCUCCUCUCCGAACUCCAACAAUGGCUGGUGGACUCUUUUCAAUAGAUCGAGAAUAUUUCUAUGAACUUGGUGCAUAUGAUGAGGGAAUGGAUAUAUGGGGAGGAGAGAAUCUAGAGAUGUCAUUCAGGGUUUGGAUGUGUGGUGGCAACUUAGAAAUUGCCACUUGCUCACAUGUGGGUCAUGUGUUCCGCAAAUCCACCCCUUAUACCUUUCCUGGGGGCACUUCUAAAAUAGUAAACCAUAACAACGCACGCCUAGCAGAGGUUUGGCUCGAUGAAUGGAAGGAGUUUUACUACAGUAUUAACCCAGGUGCAAGAAGUGUUGAUGUAGGAGAUGUUUCUGAAAGAAGGAAGCUAAGAAAUACAUUAAACUGUAAAAGCUUCCGAUGGUAUCUAGAGAAUGUAUAUCCAGAAUCACAGAUGCCUUUGGACUAUUAUUAUCUUGGUGAUGUGAGGAAUGCAGAGACACAAAACUGUUUGGAUACACUGGGAAGAAAAGGAGGAGAGAAUCUUGGUAUGGGCACCUGCCAUGGACUUGGAGGAAACCAGGUGUUUGCCUAUACAAAACGUCAGCAAAUAAUGUCUGAUGAUAAUUGUCUUGAUGCAUCAAGCCCAGAGGGACCAGUGAAGCUUGUGAGGUGUCAUGGUAUGGGUGGAAAUCAGGCAUGGACGUACAACACACAGGAUCGCACCAUCAAACAUAUUAAUACUGGCCAGUGCCUCCAAAAACCAGAUAUCCGAGACAUAUCACAACCAUUACUUAGAAGUUGUGACCACAGUCUUGGACAGCAGUGGAUCAUGCAGAGCAAGUUUAUAUGGCAGGCCAGUUAGUUGCCUUAACAUUGUCAAGUUGUGCUGCUGCUCCAAGAUAGCUUCCAGCCAGGUUUCACCAUAACGAUCAGAAGCAUAUCACAUUCAGUUCAAGGGAGAUCAAGGCGUUGUCUUGAUCUUAUUAGGGCUGUGGUAAAUUAUGUUUGUGUGGCAGGAGUGGAAAUUGUUAGAACUCAGCUUCUUAUGAGUAGAAUUAUUAUAUACAGUAUAUAAAUUGUUAACAAAUUAGGGAUUGGGGGGAAAACUGGUUUCCUUUUUUUUUUCUUCUUCCUCUUUUUUUACCUGUUAAUUGUUGAGACAUUGCUUUGUUAAUCAUAAUGGUUUGAUACAUUCUUUAUUGGCACAAGCUUGUGGUCAAUUUAAAAUGGAACUGUACUUAAGGAGGAGCUAUUUCUAAACUGUAUGGAAGAAAAAUUCAUAGUAUGAUAUUGUUUUGAUAAUACACAAUUUGCUUUUCAAUAUGUGUUUAUCUGAGUUUGUAGAGCUAACUUAUUUACAUAUAAAGUUAAGUGAACCCAGGCUUGCAAUUAAAUCAAUUUUCUGCCAUGUGACUCUGAAAGAUUGAAACUGAAUCUUAUAGAGCUUCAGGUGAUAUUAUAUAAAGACUUGUACUUUGUCACUGGUAGUACAAAUUGAACAUGGCUGUAAUUGUAUGUAGGGUUUGAGGUUCUCUCAGCAGUGGCUAUGAAGAGUACUAUCUUCUGGGAUGUAACACCAUAUACGUCAUGGAAAGCCAACUGAAGUUUUGGAGGAACUUGAAGUUGGAGGCAGUAUGUUGCUCCAAAACAUGAGUUGGCUUUCAGUGGACUACUUGGCAUUAUAAUCCAGAAGAUAGUACUCUUCAUGGCUGUAAUGAUUAAAUUUCACACUGAACAGUGCCACCUAAGUUGGUUUUUCUCAAUCAAUAAAUGUAGAAUGGUUAGCAAUAUUUAAUAACUAUUUUUUAAGAAAGCCAACUUAACUGAAACUAAAUUUCAUAAUAUUAUUUUAUUAUUGCCAUUAUUAGUGAUAGUAGCAGUAAUAAUACAUUAUGCAAUAUGCUACAAUAGGAGAAUAGAAGCAUAGUUAGUUGGAACUUUGGCAGAACAGUGUGUUACUUGUUCUUUCCAUGUGAAAUCUCAGUAUUUGGAUUCUGUAGUGCUGACAUUUGUACUCAGGGUUUAAGCAUUUCCCUUGCUAGAAGCGUUGUGUGUGAUAACAGUAUUACACUCAAAAUAGAUUACUGCAUAGAAUUUUAAGCAGUAUUUUUUUAUAAUCUUAAAGUACAUUUUUGUAUUAAAAGUACAAUUUGUACAUUGUUUUCAAAUUUGUUGUGACAUAUUUACAACCCCCCCCCUUUUAACAGCUUAAACCCUGUGUAUUUGCAGAAACUAUACAGCAGUAUUAUUGCAUUUUUCCCUCAGAAUAAUUUUAUUUAGCAUUAAAUUGAUUAAUGUCCAUUUUACACCCAUCCAGUUUCUAUAUAGACCACAGCUUUCACAUUCCAAGUAUCAGUUUUUUAAAAUAUUUUAUUGACUGGUAUGGUGUUAGGGCCUAAUAUUUAAUUUAUUUUUUUAAAGCACAGUGUGUAUGUGUAUAUAUAUUGUGUUUUGUUUUCUGUACAUUCCACCAUUUGUUGCUUCAUAUGUUAUUGCUGUUUUCUGCUUAUGGAAAAUUAACAGAAUAUACACAGGUAUAUUGUUGCAGUUGACCAUAGUUCCCAGUUGCUCCUGUACAGUGUCAGUAUUAACCUUUAUCAUCCAGAAAUUGGAAUUCUAAAUCUCCCACUCUUACAGGGCCAGUGACCAUAUUUUAACCCAUGGGUAAUGGUACACAGCUAGUACUGGAAAAAUGCAAUAUUUGUCUGUCUGGACCAGAUACAUGCGCUGUCACCAUAAUAUGAUGCAUGGCUGCUAAAUUUUCAUCUUCCUUUGACAUUUUCACGUUUAUAUGGGUUGUCCAGUAACAGAGCCUUUCUAUUAACUGUCUGUCUUCUCAAAGCAUCCCCUCAAGCUUCUUCCAUGUUCUUCCUUCAUUCUAUGGGACAUCCUUCAUGGUCAUUCCCAUCAUGAUGUCAGUCUUCCUAUUGGGCGUUUUCCUUUCAGUUUUAAUUUACAUGAGUUGUGACGACAAUAUGAUGAGAUAGUGUGUCUGUGUUUAAUUAAGCGCCAUGUCAUGCUGGGGUCUCCUUCCUUGGGUUUGAAGUGACCACUAACCUUCAUCAGAUACAAAAUUUAAGGAUGCAGCUAUAAUUGCACUCCCCAUCAUGGUAGGGUGCAAACAGAAGUUUUAAUUCAAAACCCAUACAGACGCCAAAGUACCCUGACCCUUCAUAUUCUUAAGUUAAUCGUCACCAUAGACAGUAAGUUAAUGCUGUUUAUUCUGAGAAGCAUAUAGUGUCCAUAAUGCAUUCUAUGGGCAAAUACAGUUUUUAACAUUAAAGCAGGGGUACCACUGUGCUUUAAGGAACUAACCUUUCAGUUUUAUUCACUCAAGCCUAGAGUUCAAGUCAUGAACAUUGUGUUCCUAUGUUACAUUGCUCUAAGUCGGAAGUGUGGAGCAGCCUUGAAGACUAAAGUCAACAGAAUUAAUGCAACUAGAACUCCACAGCUGAAAAGAGGACAGACAUACUGAGUCAGUCUUCUUCCCAGGCAGAGCAAAAAUUUUUCCAGAAUGUGCAGAGUGCAACAUAAGACAUCAACGGCACACAUAUUCCACUGUACUGGUGCCAUGACAGAAGGACUUGGCUUCAAACCCACACAUGGUGCUCACACUUAGGACAGGUUAUACCUGUGAAAAUAACUCAGUUUCCAUGGCUCUGUGCAGAAAAAUUGUUUCUAAAAGUUCAUCUAUGUAAGCUCCAUGGGUUAGUUGAAAACACUGUGGGAUAAGUAAAAAGAAAUAUUUCCAGACUUCUUUUCGUCGUAGGCCACAUUUCUUGAAAUUGCAGAUGUUAUGUCAUAAAAAAUGUAUUUAAAGAAUCUGACAUAAAAGAAAAAAGUUUUUAUGUGGGUCACAUAAGUGAAUGAGGCUGUGAAAGUGUACAGUGUAUGCUUAAUGGGUGCAUUCCACAGGAAUUAGAAAUGACUUGCUAACAUCAGUGCUCUUCAAAUUACUUUUAAGGAAAGAAAAUGUAGCUAAUGUGAGAAAAUGGGGGGUUGGUACUCUGUAAUUCCAGAUCUGUCAUAUUUUAGAUAAACUGAGUAAUUAAGACUACAGUGAACAAUUUCCUUGUAACAGACACUAAAUUCACACACAGCUGUUCACUGUUAGUUGAUACUUAUUCAAAUUGGUGAAAUGUCAGAACUGUAUACUGAGUGAAUAAUCAGUCAGUAUUAAGCCUUCACCAUUCACUGUGUAUGCAGGCACACGCAGACUAAAAUUAAAUGUAUAUAAUUUAUUUAAUGUAUACUUAAAAGUCAUACUGUAAUAGAGCAGUACAUUAAAAGAAUAAAAUGAAUAUGUUUUUAAUGGAGUCUAAACCAAGAUUUUUUAAUUGCAGUCUAUAGCUGAAACACACUAAGCAUUUGUUUUCCUGUACAUUGACUUAUUAUGGUUGAGAAUAAAGGGCUUUGGCAGCAUGA